AUGGACCCCCUGACCGAGCCGCAGGACGAGAGGAGCCCGCCGGGCUGGAGCCUCGGAGCUGCGGGCGGGGAGGCGAGCGAGCAGCGCCGCGGCGGGAGGGCCGAAGCCAGGCGGCCAGGGGACAGCCCGAGCGCCGCGGAGGACGGAGAGGAGCCGCUGGAGGAGAAACUCAGAGGGCUGGCGUUCAGGAAGCAGACAUCGUACAGGAAAGCCAUCUCGCGCUCAGGCCUGCAGCACCUGGCCCCUGUCCAGAGCUCCAUAACCGCCCUGACCAACGGACCAGCCAAGGAGCUGCGCGCCACCAUCGACUGGACCGAGAACGCAGUGAAUGGGGACCAUCUGUGGCUGGAGACCAACUGCUCUGGAGACUUGUGUUAUCUGGGCGAGGAGACAUGCGUGGUGAAGAUUGCAAAGUCGGCUCCCAGGAGGAAAUGUGCAGCAUGUAAGAUUGUUGUCCACACAGCCUGCAUCGAGCAGCUGGACAAGAUCAACUUCCGUUGUAAGCCAACUUUUAAAGAGGGCAGCUCACGAUGCCUUCGAGAUAAUGUAUUAAGACAUCACUGGGUCCACCGACGGCGGCAAGAGGGAAAGUGCCGUCAGUGUGGCAAGAGCUUCCAGCAGAAGUUCUUCCACAGUAAGGAGAUCAUUGCCAUCAGCUGCUCCUGGUGCAAGCAGGCUUUCCACAACAAGGUGACAUGUUUCAUGCUGCAUCAGAUCGAGGAGCCGUGUUCACUGGGUGCUCACGCAGGGGUCAUCGUGCCCCCUUCAUGGAUCAUCAAAGUCAGGAAGCCACAGAGCUCGUUUAAAAACUCCACUCGAAGGAAAAAACGGACUUCAUUCAAACGGAGAACCAGCAAAAAGGGCACGGACGAGUCGAAAUGGCGACCGUUCAUAUUAAAGCCGCUACCUUCACCGUUAAUGAAGCCUGUGCUGGUGUUUGUUAACCCUAAGAGUGGGGGAAAUCAGGGGACCAAGUUGCUGCAGAUGUUCAUGUGGAUUUUGAAUCCUCGGCAGGUGUUUGAUCUCUCCCAGGGAGGGCCAAGAGAAGCAUUGGAAUUGUACAGGAAAGUGCCAAAUCUUCGCAUCCUUGCCUGUGGAGGAGACGGGACGGUGGGCUGGAUCCUGUCUGCUCUGGAUGAACUGCAGUUGAACCCACAGCCUCCUGUGGCAGUGCUUCCUCUUGGCACAGGAAAUGACCUCGCCAGGACGCUCAACUGGGGAGGAGGUUACACAGACGAGCCGGUGUCUAAGAUCCUGUGCCAUGUUGAGGAUGGUACAGUGGUCCAGUUGGAUCGCUGGAAUCUGCAGGUGGAGUGGUCACCUGUCCAGCCCGAAGAGGGCACACAGAAGCUUCCUCUGAAUGUGUUCAAUAACUACUUCAGCCUUGGCUUUGAUGCCCACGUCACACUCGAAUUCCACGAAUCCAGAGAGGCCAACCCCGAGAAAUUCAACAGCCGCUUCCGCAACAAGAUGUUCUAUGCAGGGGCUGCCUUCUCUGACUUCCUGCAGAGGAGCUCCAGGGACCUGUCCAAGCACGUCAGAGUGGUGUGUGAUGGAACAGAUCUCACUGCCAAGAUCCAGGAGCUGAAAUUCCAGUGCAUCGUCUUCUUAAAUAUUCCCAGGUACUGUGCGGGGACCAUGCCCUGGGGCAACACAGGAGACCACAGAGACUUUGAACCUCAGCGGCACGAUGAUGGCUACAUUGAGGUCAUCGGCUUCACCAUGGCUUCCCUGGCGGCGCUGCAGGUCGGAGGCCACGGGGAGCGGCUGCACCAGUGCAGGGAGGUGACUCUCACCACCUACAAGACCAUUCCUGUUCAGGUGGAUGGAGAGCCGUGCCGCCUGGCGCCCUCAACACUCCGCAUCUCCCUCCGCAACCAGGCCAACAUGGUGCAGAAAAGCAAGAGACGCACCUCAGUCCCGCUGCUCAACGACCCGCAUGCGGUGCCUGAACGCCUGCGACUGCGGGUCAACCGCAUCAGCCUGCAAGAGUACGAGAGUCUGCAGUUCGACAAGGAGCGACUGCGGGACAACUCUACCCCUGUUGGCAUCGUGGUGGUAAGAGGAGACUGUGACCUAGAAACAUGUCGACUCUACAUUGACAGACUGCAGGAGGACCUGCAUCAGGCUCCCUCUGCUGGACAUAGAGUGCACUAUCAGGAUGAAAGCAGAGGUUUGCCCCGGCCUGCAUCUGCACACAGACUGUCUCCUAACUGGAGUUUCCUAGACUCCACAUCAGCUGACCGGUUUUACCGUAUAGACAAGGCUCAGGAGCAUUUGCACUUUGUGACGGAAAUUUGUCAGGACGAGGUGUUCAUUCUGGACCAUGAGGUGCCACCGGUGAGCCAGGGCCGAGUCCCAGAAAUGCCUGAUGUGGUGGUGGAACCCAGCCCCAGUGCUCCUUUGACAACAGAGGAACAAGCUUUGCUGACUGCAGCCAGCUCAGGUGAUCUGAGAACGUUGUCCAGUUCUUGUAGUAGUGGGCUCAGUUUGUUGGUGAGGGACUCAGGAGGUCAGUCUGCUUUGCACCUGGCCUCUCAGAAUGGCCACAGUGAGGUAGUGAGCUUCAUCCUGCAGCACGGUUCAAAGUUGAUCCUGGAUCUAACAGAGAAGGAGACCGGAGACACCGCACUGCACAAAGCUGCUCAGCAGCGACAUCAUGACGUGUCUCGACGCUUGGUGGAGGCCGGGGCUUCUACCAACAAAGCAAACUUCCUUGGGAAAACUCCUAAGGACUGUGCUCAGGAAGCUGGUGACUCUGAACUGGCCUCCUAUCUGGACAGCCAACUGUCAGAACAGCCGACGGCACGUGAGGACCUGGAGACGGCCGUGUGAGCAAACACUGCACCUGGUAUGAAGAGAUUGGUCCCCCGUAUUCCACGGCUUUCGCCACUCACGGAGGUAUCAGAGUUCACUCGCUCACAUCCAGAGGAAAUACGAUGGAGAGG